UCUCCCUCUCUCUCUCUCCCCUUCAAUAUUUCAGAACCUCAAUCAGAAAUGUUGAUCAAUUCACAAGCAUUUUGAUCAGAGAGUCACAGGUAGAGAUCAAAACUGAUCAAACUCAGAUCUGAGGCGAAUCCUUAUUAUCAUACAUCAGUACACCCAAUUUCUCUCUCUCUCUCUCUAACUGUUGCAAAGUUGUGAGAGAGGGACAGGAUCGAGAAUGGCUCGGAUCUUCGAGUACUUCGUUGUGUGCGGACUGGGUCCGGAGAUUCGAACGUUAGAUGGGAACAGAGGGUUUCAUGGAACACUGGUUAUGUACUUGCCUUCUCUCCUUGAUCAGUAUCCUCCUUCUAAUCAUACUCUCUACCCUCCUCCACCUCCCCAGCUUCCCACUUGUGUUCUACCAGCUGGUGUGGAGUUCUACACAUCAGGCUUCAAUUCUAAUGAUGUCUCAACCUUUCCACGGAGUUAUCCUAUUGUUUUAACUGAGGGUGAUGGGUCUAAAAUUUAUGUUUGUUGCAUUGCUUUUCGGGAUCCGGUCUGUGAGGAUAUUGCAGAAGCUUAUCGCAUCCCAGCAAAUUCGUUUGCUGACAAAUGUAUCUGUCUUGUUUCACGCUCACCCAGUUUUUGUAUCCUUCGGGAUGCAUUGGAGGAACUAUUUGCACUUUGCUUCUCCCCCGAUGGAAGUAGCAAGCCAUUGUGGGAUGUUAUAGCAAAUUUGGUGUCUGGUGUACCUCUGCCUACACCUGGAAAGGAUCGUGUGCUAUUUGCUAUUGAAAAUAGCCUGCUUGCUGUUGAAGUUCCGCCAAAGGAUGGGCUCCCGCAUGCCGAUAUAUCUUUUCAACCACUGAUGCAGUGCUUGGAUGUUGACAAUUUUCUUAAACUUUUUACAGCUGUGUUGCUUGAACGGAGGGUUUUGUUCCGAUCAAACAAGUAUUCUCUUUUAACACUAGUCUCUGAGGCCAUGUGCCAUUUGAUAUAUCCAUUUCGAUGGCAGCACGUCUACAUUCCAUUACUGUUUUUCAGUGGAGUAGACUACAUUGAUGCUCCUACGCCAUAUAUGAUGGGUCUCCAUUCAGGUGUUGAUACUACUGGUCUGACAAUGGAUGGUGUAGUUGUUGUGGACCUUGAGCAUAACCGCAUCACCACAUCAGAGGAUAUUCCUCCUAUUCCAGAGCCAGAAUUUAGUUCAUUACGUACAGAGAUAAUGAAGUUGUUGUAUCCAAAUCUUGUUGGGAUAGACCAAUUGAAGGCAAGCCUUGGGAGUUCAUCUGAGCAGUAUCCAAGAGGCAGCAGCAAGCCUUGGGGAGAAUAUCACGACCUUCAACUUAGGUUUAUAUUUCUAAAGUUUUUUGCAUCAAUUUUAGGCGGCUACCGCAAUUUCAUAGAAAAUACUGCAACUCAUGUCUUCAACACUCAAGCAUUUUUGAAGAAGCGCGCUCGGUCAACCAACCAACCACCAGACCCAAUGGUAUCACAGUUUUUAGACUCUCAAGGAUUCUUCGAUUAUUUAGAGAGGGGUCUAGGUUCUGAUGAAAACAAUAACAAUCUUCUUGAUAAGUUACAAGAUGCCAUGGGAAGAGGUCAGAAUCCACUAUCAAUUCUUCCCUCACCUUUGGCAGAACCUGAGAUUGUAACUAUAUCUGAUUCUGGUGCUGGAAUGUCAGGAUCAGGUGCCAAAUAUAAUUAUGACAGAUUUCCUUCAAACAGUAGAACAGAAGAGCAGGAAGAAAAGAGGAAGCAGAUCCUAGCAGCAGCUAGUGGAGCUCUCAGUUCACCUUCAGUGCUCGUGGGUAAGGAAUCCAAGGCACAAAGUCUAAGUCCAAGGGAGAGGGCUGCUGAACGGGAGCGCAUGGUUUUGGAUAUACAAGUGAAGCUGCAGGGUCUAUGGUUGCGUCUAUUGAAAUUGGGAACAACUGAUGAUCCUCUUUCAUCCUUUGAAUAUGGAACAAUUCUUGCUUUGAUUGAGUCUGAUGCAGAGGGGAUUGGUGGAAGUGGCUUUGUUGAAUGCAUAAGGGAGCACAUACAUACAGGGUGGAUCUGUCAAUUGACUGAGGAGCAGUUUAUUGCUGUGAAAGAAUUGCUCAAAACAGCUAUCAGUCGUGCUACCUCUCGGAAUGACAUGGAAACUGUCAGAGAUGCACUUGAAGUGUCUGGGGAAAUGUAUAAGAAGGACACUAAUAAUGUUUCAGACUAUGUUCAACGCCAUCUUCGUUCCCUUUCCAUCUGGGAGGAGUUGCGGUUUUGGGAAGGAUAUUUUGACUAUCUGAUGGAUCGCUCAUCAAGCAAGUCAGCCAACUAUGCAAUGUUGGUGACAACACAGCUAAUUAUAAUGGCAUCACACAUGGCUGGAUUGGGACUUCCUGACACUGAUGCUUGGUAUACCAUUGAAACAAUUGCGGAGAAGAACAACAUUGGAUACAAGCAAAUUAUAAAAAUCAGGGGAUUCCUGUCACAUAUCCAGCAACUAUAUAGUUGUUACUGGGGAAUCUAUUCCAUAAAGGUGCAUUCUGUUUCACCCUAUGGUUUGCCCUCCCCGCAUCCACAAGAUGCCAACAAUGACAAUCAGCAACCUGCUGAAGCUUCUGGUGUGGGAAGGAGCUGGGUCCAGAGCAUGUUUACCAGGGAUACAUCACUAAGAGCAAACUCUUUCAGUCGUGUUCGCAAAUGGACUUCAGAUAGUGGAAAUUUAGCUGCAAAUGAGAAUGGGACUCCUCGCAAACAAGAUUCAACUGCUGGACAAAAGAAAAUACAAACCAAUGUCCGCCUACUUAGAGGUCAUACUGGUGCUGUCACUGCUCUACAUUGUGUAACAAGAAGAGAGGUGUGGGAUUUGGUGGGUGACCGUGAAGAUGCAGGUUUCUUUAUCAGUGGAAGCACUGACUGCUCGGUAAAGAUAUGGGAUCCUAGUCUUCGUGGUUCUGAACUUAAGGCAACUUUGAAAGGACAUACAGGAACUGUCCGAGCAGUAAGUUCGGACCGAGGGAAGGUGGUAUCAGGAUCCGAUGAUCAGUCUGUGAUAGUAUGGGAUAAGCAAACUACUCAGCUUCUAGAAGAGCUGACGGGCCAUGAUGCACAGGUCAGCUGUGUACGCAUGCUAUCAGGGGAACGUGUCCUUACUUCUGCUCAUGAUGGAACUGUGAAAAUGUGGGAUGUAAGAACAGACACUUGUGUCGCAACUGUUGGUCGUUGCUCAAAUGCUGUUCUUUGCAUAGAAUAUGAUGACUCCACAGGAAUAUUAGCUGCUGCUGGUCGAGAUGCGGUUGCAAAUAUUUGGGACAUCCGUGCUGGCAGGCAGAUGCACAAGCUUUUAGGCCACACAAAAUGGAUCCGGUCAAUCAGAAUGGUUGGAGACACAUUAAUUACUGGCAGUGAUGAUUGGACGGCACGAAUGUGGUCUGUUUCUCGAGGAACAUGUGAUGCUGUUCUAGCUUGCCAUGCUGGUUCAAUUAUGUCUGUUGAUUACUCAGUGUCAGACAAAGGAAUAAUAACAGGUUCAACUGAUGGUUUGAUCCGGUUUUGGGAAAAUGAGGAGGGAGGUAUAAGAUGUGUGAAGAAUGUAACUAUCCACACUGGUUCUGUAUUAUCUAUCAAUGCCGGCGAACACUGGUUAGGUAUCGGAGCAGCCGAUAAUUCAAUGUCUCUAUUCAAUCGGCCACAAGAGAGAUUUGGUGGUGCGUCUAACACAGGAUCAAAGAUGGCUGGGUGGCAACUCUACAGAACACCCCAGAAAACAGUUGCAGUGGUACGAUGUGUGGCUUCGGACCUUGAAAGGAAAAGGAUUUGUAGCGGUGGUCGUAAUGGGCUGCUUAGGUUGUGGGAUGCCACCAUCAACAUCUAAAUUUUUCUCGGUGUGUACUAUAUGUAUUUGGGGUGUUGUAAUCUUGUAUCAUGUCAAAUAGCGUGUUCUAUAUCAAACCAUAAUGUAUCAGAAGAAUGCAGUUUUGCCUCUCUAUUUUUUUGUGUUUACUUUCAUUUCCAUUAAAGUUGUUAUGGUUGUAAACUCAAGCUACACUGCGAUUUUGACUCAAAUUGUUGCCCUAACAUUAUGGUUUGUUCGGUUGCUAAGGAAAUAGAGCAAAACAAAAAUGUUUUAAAUUUUCUUGA